UUUACUAAAACGCUAAUAAAUGAAGGAAACUUGCUUUGGUGAUGCUGCAGUCAAUACCCUGAGAGAUAAAGAAGAGAACUACGUUGAUGCCAGCUUGGUUCAUUUUAUAGACAAAGAAGCUUAAAGGACGUAUUUAAUUUAGCUACUGUGGGACCCCAUGCACACUGAUUACUAGGACAAGAUACCUUUCGGAUUUGAAGUGUUGUGUCUUGUUCCUAACUUUAAGAUUUGCACUUUGAACUGUUAAAAAAAUGAGUGAGUUCUGGUUGUGUUUCAACUGCUGUAUUGCAGAACAGCCUCAGCCUAAAAGACGGCGGCGGAUCGAUCGGAGUAUGAUUGGUGAGCCAACAAACUUCGUUCAUACUGCUCAUGUUGGUUCAGGAGAUCUCUUUAGUGGAAUGAAUUCGGUGAGUUCAAUUCAAAACCAAAUGCAGUCCAAAGGAGGCUAUGGAGGAGGCAUGUCUGCAAAUGUUCAAAUGCAGCUUGUGGAUACAAAGGCAGGAUAACUGGAGGAUCUUUCCAGUAAGGCCCCUGCAAAUUUCUAUAUUUUUUUCCUGUGUCCCUCUCUUUAUGCCUUGGUGACUGCUUCCUGUGCUCAUGAUAAGAGAAGUUGAUGGCUCAUCAUCCACCCUUCGUGAUUAUUACGCCAUUCAGACGUUCCUGUUCUGCUGUGAGGCUGACAUUUAUCAGACUGGUUGUGCCUUUAAAGUGGCAAGCUUACAUUUCACUACUACCAAAACAUCUGUGGACAUUGUACUGGUUGACUUGUUUUUUGAGCUUCUAAAACAUUUACUCUCAGUAUUUUGAAACAAUAUUUUGAGCAAUCUAAAUUCUGAACAGACAGGUUUGGUGUUGGGUUGACCCUUGUUUUGUACUUCCUCUGCAAACCCUUGAUUAUAGCAUUCUCAUCCUUUCAUUGUUGUUAUUCUUUCUUUCUUUGUAAUUAGAAGCAAGCAAGUUUCUGUUAAUACCUUGAAUCUGUCAUUGUUGACAUAGAUCUUUUUUUUUUUUAAAGGUCUGGGACCUGCAAGCACAACAAACAUUUCACACAGUCAGAAAUCAAGAGUAUAUGAGUGUAUGACUGCAUGCUAUGUGAAUUUGCUUGGUAUGGUGGCCUGUUGGAUGCCAAAAACAUUAUUUUUAUUUUUAAUGCUUGUUCUUGGAGAUGGAUGAUGCUAAUGUUGGUGGAAAAAAAUGCAGUGGUACCAGAAUAUGCCAAUCUCUCUAGGGAAAAACGGACUUGUAACUUUUAGCUGCUUUGGAAAUACAUCUUAGAUUUUUAAUCCAAUUCAUCUUGAACUAAUAAAGAGAGAGUCUGCAUUCA